CUGCGGCACCUGGCUAUGCAAAACCAGCAGGACCACUGCUUCAGAUCUCUCAGUGACAACAGGGGACAACAAUAUACAGAUCUGUGCAACCACACUAAAAUAGUAGAAAUGGAACGAGGAAGGACUCUGAAGAUUCUGUUCCUGUUGACACUCUGUCUGCAAGACUUCACUGGUCAAUGCCAAGGGCAGCCUUCUAACCUGAGGAUUGUUCUGGUGGGGAAGACUGGAUCAGGGAAGAGUUCAACAGGAAACACCAUCCUGGGGAGGGAGGGGUUUAAAGUGGGGGCUUCUGCAGUGUCUGUGACUGCAACGUGUGGGAAACAGAGUGGGGAGGUGAAUGGGAGGAAGAUUGAUGUCAUCGACACCCCGGGGCUCUAUGACACAACAAUGUCUCAAGAAGAGAUGAAAAGUGAGAUAGAAAAGGCCAUCUACAUGUCAGUACCAGGACCCCAUGUGUUCCUGCUGGUGAUCAGACUGGGGAGGUUCACAGAGGAGGAGCAGAACACUGUGAAGUGGAUCCAAGAGAACUUUGGAGAAGAUGCCUCAAUGUACACCAUCUUGCUGUUCACUCAUGGAGAUCAACUGAAUGGCAAAACAGUCAAAGGGUUUCUUGCUCAGAGCAAAGCACUACGGAGACUCAUCAAUAUGUGUGGGGGCAGAUAUCACUCCCUAAUCAAUGACAAGAGAGAAGACAACACUCAGGUUAGAGAGCUGCUGGAGAAGAUCGAGGAGAUGGUGGAGGAGGACAAUGGAGGAGAACACUACACCAAUGCUGACUAUGAAGAGGCUCAGAGAAAGAUCAGAGAGGAUAAUAUGUUUUACUGUAAACUGGCAGCGUACGGCAGUCUAGCCACAGCAGGACUAGGUAUGGUGUUUGCUUCACCAGUAUUGGUGGCAGCAGGUGUAGCUGCAGGCUUCAGCCAAGGGUUUGAAUGCACUAAGGAGAUGCUAGGCUUUUAAAACACCGGGGGUACGUUCAGUUGGUCUUAACGUUUCGCUACGUAUGGCAACGGUACUUACUGAAUGAUAUAACAGUUCUUUCAAAACCAUUUGCAAUGUUAUAGAUAUGCUAGCCGUGUGGCAGGGUGGCCCUAGCAGGGUGUCUAAAAUCUUAACAAAACACUCCUGCUGCACUGUACACAAUUCCCCUCUCAUGACCCAUAGUUACAACGUUUCUCAACUCAAAUCAUGACCGUUUAUUUUAGUGGAGGUGUAUGUAUUUAGUGGGGAUAUAUUUAGUAUAUAUUAAAUGGUAGUGUAUGUAUUUAGUGGGGAUAUAUAGCAUGUAUUAAAUGGUAGUGUAUGUAUCUAGUGGGGAUAUAUUUAGUAUAUAAUAAAUGGUAGUGUAUGUAUUUAGUGGGGAUAUAUUUAGUAUAUAAUAAAUGGUAGUGUAUGUAUCUAGUGGGGAUAUAUAGCAUGUAUUAAAUGGUAGUGUAUGUAUUUAGUGGGGAUAUAUAGCAUGUAUUAAAUGGUAGUGUAUGUAUUUAGUGGGGAUAUAUUUAGUAUAUAAUAAAUGGUAGUGUAUGUAUCUAGUGGGGAUAUAUAGCAUGUAUUAAAUGGUAGUGUAUGUAUUUAGUGGGGAUAUAUAGCAUGUAUUAAAUGGUAGUGUAUGUAUCUAGUGGGGAUAUAUAGCAUGUAUUAAAUGGUAGUGUAUGUAUCUAGUGGGGAUAUAUUUAGUAUAUAAUAAAUGGUAGUGUAUGUAUCUAGUGGGGAUAUAUAGCAUGUAUUAAAUGGUAGUGUAUGUAUUUAGUGGGGAUAUAUAGCAUGUAUUAAAUGGUAGUGUAUGUAUUUAGUGGGGAUAUAUUUAGUAUAUAAUAAAUGGUAGUGUAUGUAUCUAGUGGGGAUAUAUUUAGUAUAUAAUAAAUGGUAGUGUAUGUAUCUAGUGGGGAUAUAUUUAGUAUAUAAUAAAUGGUAGUGUAUGUAUUUAGUGGGGAUAUAUUUAGUAUAUAAUAAAUGGUAGUGUAUGUAUUUAGUGGGGAUAUAUAGCAUGUAUUAAAUGGUAGUGUAUGUAUCUAGUGGGGAUAUAUAGCAUGUAUUAAAUGGUAGUGUAUGUAUCUAGUGGGGAUAUAUUUAGUAUAUAAUAAAUGGUAGUGUAUGUAUUUAGUGGGGAUAUAUUUAGUAUAUAAUAAAUGGUAGUGUAUGUAUUUAGUGGGGAUAUAUUUAGUAUAUAAUAAAUGGUAGUGUAUGUAUUUAGUGGGGAUAUAUUUAGUAUAUAAUAAAUGGUAGUGUAUGUAUCUAGUGGGGAUAUAUAGCAUGUAUUAAAUGGUAGUGUAUGUAUCUAGUGGGGAUAUAUUUAGUAUAUAAUAAAUGGUAGUGUAUGUAUCUAGUGGGGAUAUAUUUAGUAUAUAAUAAAUGGUAGUGUAUGUAUUUAGUGGGGAUAUAUAGCAUGUAUUAAAUGGUAGUGUAUGUAUCUAGUGGGGAUAUAUAGCAUGUAUUAAAUGGUAGUGUAUGUAUCUAGUGGGGAUAUAUUUAGUAUAUAAUAAAUGGUAGUGUAUGUAUCUAGUGGGGAUAUAUUUAGUAUAUAAUAAAUGGUAGUGUGUGUAUUUAGUGGGGAUAUAUUUAGUAUAUAAUAAAUGGUAGUGUAUGUAUCUAGUGGGGAUAUAUUUAGUAUAUAAUAAAUGGUAGUGUAUGUAUCUAGUGGGGAUAUAUUUAGUAUAUAAUAAAUGGUAGUGUAUGUAUUUAGUGGGGAUAUAUUUAGUAUAUAAUAAAUGGUAGUGUAUGUAUUUAGUGGGGAUAUAUAGCAUGUAUUAAAUGGUAGUGUAUGUAUCUAGUGGGGAUAUAUAGCAUGUAUUAAAUGGUAGUGUAUGUAUUUAGUGGAGAUAUAUUUAGUAUAUAAUAAAUGGUAGUGUAUGUAUCUAGUGGGGAUAUAUAGCAUGUAUUAAAUGGUAGUGUAUGUUUUUGUGGGGUGUAUGUAUUACGGGUAGUGGGUACUGGCUGUAUAGGGAUAUAAAACACAACUGUUGUUAUGAAUACUCCUGUUUCCAGUUGUUUUUACACAUCCUGAUACAGUCCUUGAAAUAUAUUUUCCAGAUUGCAUAGUAACUUUAAAAAAAAAACGUUUUUACAGCAGGAUUUAUUUUUGUGUUAACUCGCAACUUAAAUCACAACAAUUGCAGCACCUGUCUUUCUGUCUACAAAAUAAUUCAGUGGAAUGUGUGUGUUCAGUCGAUGUGCUUAAGGGCUGUAUUCAAUCUGGUCGG